AUGGGAAUCAGACCAAACUUUGCUGAAGACGUGUACGGUGACAAGGAAAGAAAGAGCGCAGACGAUGAGCAAGUGGAAUACUCUGAAUCUUCGCUUGCGGCGAGGAGAUCGGCCAAUGUUUUGAAAUUGAAACAAUUAAAAGAAGCACAGCCCAUGAUAACUCCAGCAUAUGGCGGAUUCGUUCAUCAUGAAAGCUCGGAUAAUGUAGCCGCUAUCGAUAAAGACCUCGAUUUUGAGUACGGCGACAGUGACAGUGGUAUUCGAGAAAUGGCAGAGCUAUACAGCUACUCUGAGAUAGAAGAGUUCGGAAUCAACAUUAAUAACUGGAAAGAGUAUAUCGAGGAAUCAUAUGACAAGAAACAUGAAGAAUUUCCACCGACGUUUGAGGAAUUCAGCAAGAUUCAGAAAAACUAUGUCAUACAGGAUUUGUGCUCUCGGAUGGAAAGUGCUGACUUGGAGGUCCGAUUAAAAUCGGCACGAAUUAUUCUGUUCCUUCUACAGGGUUCUGCUUCUGAUUUUGCGUCUCUUGAAAAUGAAGAAAUCGAGUAUCAAUAUGACCAAAAGUUGCUUAUGAACGUUCCAAUUCGUAAAACCAGAGAGAUGGAUCCCGAUGGACCAACUAUGGUUUAUCAUCGAGCUAUCGAAAACUCAUUCGUAUGCUAUAAGAAUGGAGUGUUUCAGGCUCUUUGUACUCUAUUGAUGACCGAAAUCAAAGAACCAUUCGAGAAUCCACCGAACGAUGGUAGAAUUUCAAAAGCAAGUUCGAGAAGCAGCAGGAAUGCGAGUAUGGCUGACCUUUCUGAUUCAGAAAAGUUUCGAGCUCGACAGUUACCCACAAUGGUUGAUAACGAAAUGCUCCGUGUUAUUCUUGCUGGAAUUUACCAUAUGAUCGUUCAAAUUCUUGAUGAGCGGUCUGGAAGAGAAGAUGAUACAGAUGAAGAUAUCGAAUUGCGUAACGCCUUCCGAGAAGAAGUACAAGAACCAAUUGAGAAUGGAAACGAACCACUACUCAUCGUUCUCUUUGAUAUGCUUCAUCCGUUUUACAUUGGAACUGCUCCCCACUUUCCAAUCAAAAAAAUAGUCUUACUAAUUUGGAAGAUUCUGCUUCUUUCUCUGGGUGGAUGGGAAGAGCUUGCCGCAAAGAAAAGAGAGCUACGAAUUAAAGCCGGUCUUGAAGUUAUGGAAGACACUAUUACAGUGGCAGCAUCACAAGCUGCGUUUAUCGCCAAGGAGCAGGAACACGUCCGUAAUAUGGCUCACAGAGCUGGAAGUCUUGCAAGAGCUGGAAUGAUGGCUAGACAAAUGGCAUAUAACGAUGAUUCCAAAGAUGAAGAUGCCUAUUCAGAUACUAGCUCCGAAGCUUCCACAGUCAUGUCGAAAAAGGAGGACUCUCCGAAUGCGACGUCUUCAACUCCUCCUUCGGUUCCGGAGAGCUCGCAAAGUUUCCGCCAAAGUAGUGGUGAACAGACUCCUAGAGUUGGAUCCCCUGUUUUUCCAAUUGUUCAAAAGAAAACUUUGCCAUGGAAGUGUAAAACUAACGCUCAAGAUAUUGAGGAUUUCAUUCAAAAAGGACGACUCAAGUAUUUCAAUUAUGACUUCGAACCAGGAGAUUCUACUUCGCUUUUCGGAUUGCCCUCGGCGUUUUGUGGUGCUGUCAACAUUCUUCGCAAGAACAUGUACACAUCACUCACUGAAAUGCAAGUGAAGAAAGAAGAACAACUGAACAGAUAUUUAUUCUCAAUGAAAGAAGAGAUUCCUGAAACGAAAACAGAAGCAUUGUAUAGAAAGAUACUACCCAAUUUGAGCCAGUACAUUUGUGCCCUUGUGAAGGUCAUGGUCUCUUCGGUCCCAUCAACGAAGGCUAGACAUGAAGGACUAAACGUGCUGAUCGAUUGUCUUACACCAGAAAUGGAAGCUUCUGACAUUCUAUCGAAUUCGAUAUCCCUCGAUAAUUCAACUUCAUCUCCAUUGGAGGAAGGAUUCCGCCUUGCAAUUGACAUCAAUCGCCACAAGGAGAUCAUAGUAAAGUCGUUGUCAGCAAUUCUUCUUCUUCUCGUCAAGCACUUCAAGUUGAACCACGUUUACCAGUUCGAAUUCAUCUGUCAGCAAAUCGUUUAUGUGAAUGGAAUUCCACUGAUUUUGAAGUUCCUCGACCAAAACACAAACAAACUUAUUCAAUCGAGACAUGAAAUCUACGCCUACAACUAUCCACAAUGUCUCUAUCACUAUGUUCGCAAUAACGAAGAAUGGCCUAUCCUAACUCAGGAUAACAUCGAAGAGCCACGGCCUCCAGGUGCUGGUCCAUACUUUAUGUGGCGCAAUGUAUUCUUCGCCGUUAAUCUCAUUCGCCUUCUCAAUAAAUUGGUCAAAGCCAAAAAUGACCGAGUGAAAAUGCUGAUGGUAUUCAAGUCGGCGCCAGUUUUGAAAAGACUUUUCAAAGUUCGUGUCUCGAUUCUACAACUCUACGUGCUGAAGGCGAUAAAAAUGCAGUCACGAUACUUGGGACGACAAUGGCGGAAGAGUAACAUGGAUAUUAUAUCAGCAAUUUACUCGAAAGUUCGUCAUCGAAUGACCGAUGAUUGGGCUUUCGCUUCUGAUAUCAAACGGAAGUGUGACUAUCAAAAAGAGGAUAGUCUCAUUAAAGCAAGCAUCGAACGGUUCCACAGUAGACGGUAUUCCAAACUUUAUCCCCAGUUUGCUAUAGAGGUCAAUGACGCUCCGAUGCCUGGUGAUGACUAUUUGAAUCGAGUGGAUAUGAGGGACUACCAACCAGUGGACACCUGUGCGCAUUCAGUUCUUGGAGAAAACAUCGAACUUGGAUUCAAAUUCAAAAAAGGCUAUGAAAAAUGGCUGGAGCAAGAAGUCUUCCAAGCCAGAAUCGACUGGGAUAAACUACUCAUUGAGACACGAGGUGUCGAUGAUCUUAGUUAA